AUGACCGCCUCCUCGCUGGCAUAUCUCACCCCAGAUCCCUCAGCAGAGCUGACUGGGGUCUACCAUCUCGUCCUGAAUCGGCCACAGGCGCGCAAUGCCAUCUCGCGCGCUUUACUCCAAGACAUUCUACGAUGCCUGGCAACUUUACUUCACCAGAUCACCGAGCCUAGCUCGCAGAAAUCAAUGCCACGCGUCCUCAUCCUUCGCGCGGAAGGAUCGUGCUUCUGUGCUGGUGCAGAUCUAAAGGAAAGGAGGCAAAUGUCGGACACCGAAGUCGUCAAGUUCCUACAAGAUGUGAGGCAGAUGCUCGAUCAGUUCGAGAAACUGCCGAUCCCUACUCUCGCCGCAAUAGACGGACCAGCCUUGGGUGGGGGCUUAGAAUUGGCCCUGGCAUGCGACUUUCGCAUUGCAGCUGCCUCGGUGGACAAGAUCGGGUUUCCAGAAGUCAAGCUGGGCAUCAUUCCUGGGGCAGGCGGAACCCAAAGAGCGCCAAGAAUCAUAGGCAUGCAACGAGCAAAAGAGCUGAUCUAUACCGGCGCCCAACUCGAUGCGACGCAAGCCAAACAACUUGGUCUUAUAGAUCACGUCUCUCCAGGUUCGUCGUGUCUGGAGCUUUGUCAGGAGCUAGCCAAGCAGAUGAUUCCCUCUGCGCCUCUUGCCCUUCGAGCUGCAAAGAUGGCUAUCAGUAUGGGCGCCAACGUGGAGCUGACUCGUGGGCUUGAUUUGGAGUGGGCUUGUUAUGAGCCUCUGCUCGAGAGUAAGGACCGCAGAGAAGCGCUAGAUGCCUUUCAACAAAAGCGAAAGCCAAUCUUUACUGGAAAGUAA